AGGGAAAUCUGAUCAGGUUUCCCAACCUUCGCCUGAGAGUUCAAGAGGGAGAAAGAAAGAAAGAGAGCGACGCUCCCCCCCCCCUCCGGUUCCUCCCUCCCAUUGGCGCCCAACUGGUUGCAAAUCUUGCUGGGAGAAACAGCAGCCAGGAGCGGGGCUCCCUUUACCUGGUGGCCGCCGGCUGGUUUCCAGGGGGGCACGGUAGGACCCCUCCCCUGCGCGCGCGCGGAGGAGGGAGAAAGCGAGGAGCGUCGGAUCCAGACCUGCCCCGGCUUCCUUAAGAGGAGGGAGGACUGAGCUGGUGACCCACGCGAACCCGGCAGAUCUUUUGGAGCGGGGCUGGAGUGAAUCUUUGCGCAACAACCUCUUGCCCUCCCGGCCUCUUUCCAGGUCUUCGCCCUGGCCUAAUUAAGCGCCUGGAACUUCAUUCGCGGCGCCUGUGCUUGGGCGGGGAAGGCAGGCGCAGAGAUCGUAGCACUGCCUGAUCCACGCCGGGGCCGGCCGCCGUCAUCUCUACGGUAUGGAAGGUGCUCCCUGGAUAUUCCGCCGGCGCCUCGCUGGAACGGACCGAGCCGCUUCCUCCUUCCGCGGCCGGCUCUUUGCGAGGGAUGCGAGGAAGAGCCCCGAGCUGUUGAAACACUGACGCCAGGAAACUUGACACGCGCGCGCGCACAGAGAGACGCGCGCGCGCGCCCUCACUCACGCUCUUUCUCCCUGUGCGUGUGUGUAUGUGUGUGUGGCGAAGGCAUUGGAGGCGCCCAGAGGAACAUGUGUUGUACAUUUCUGCCUGCUUGUUUUGGUGCACUCAGUUCUUCCUUCGCGAGACUCAUCGACUUGGGCGGCGAUUGCAAGAGAGCCAUGCCCAGGGGAUGCGUUCGCCUUGGCUUGGCACGCGGAGGCAGCGCAAGGCAGAGCGAGCGCGGCUCCUCCCAGGCGGGGGCUUCCGACCCCCGAAAACUUCGGGACGGGGGCCGCCGGCGCGCUCCCCCGCCCCCCCGUCGGAGCAUGGCCCCCCUGGGGGAGGGAAGGGGCUUCCGCGCCGGGCCCUCCCCGGGCGGCGCCGGCGAGGAACUACUGGUCCGGAGCGUGGGGAACGGAGCCCUUGCUCGGCCGAGGGAGAGGUGGCGAGAUCGAGCGGAGAUAAAGUUAAACUUCUGCUUCUUUUCCUGCCGGGCACGGUGGGCGUUGCUCUUGCUCCAGCUUCACGCGUUGCAAGCUCUGGCACAAGAUGACGUAGCACCCUAUUUCAAGACGGAACCAGGUUUGCCCCAGACCCAUCUCGAAGGGAACCGUCUUGUGCUCACAUGCUUGGCGGAAGGAAGCUGGCCUUUGGAAUUUAAGUGGCUGCAUAAUGGCAGAGAAACCACUGCCUUCUCCAGUGAAUACAAGUAUGUUAUCCCAUCUUUGCAAAGAUCUGAUGCUGGUUUUUAUCAGUGUGUUGUGAGGAACAGAAUGGGGGCACUCUUGCAAAGAAAAUCAGAAGUUCAAGUGGCAUACAUGGGCAAUUUCCAGGAUGCGGACCAGAGGAAAACAGUGUCUCAAGGGCAAGCCACAGUUCUAAACUUCCCACACAUCCCAUGCUCUCCCAGACCGCAAGUGACUUGGUUUAGAGAUGGGCACAAGAUUAUACCAAGCAGCAGAAUAACAAUCACUCUAGAGAAUCAGUUGGUCAUCCUUGCAACAUCAGCAGAAGAUGCUGGGUGCUACUAUGUCCAGGCAGUCAAUGAGAAAAAUGGAGAGAACAAGACGAGCCCGUCUGUUUACCUGAAUGUGACAAGUGCUGACACUUUGUCCCCAACUGUGGCUCCUGUCAUCAUAAUUCCGCCACGCAAUACGAGUGUGGUAGCUGGGAGUAACGAAGCCAUCCUAGAAUGUGUGGCCAAUGGCAGGCCUGCUGAGAAGUUAAGCAUAGCCUGGAAGAGGAACGGGAUCAAAAUAACCAGUGGAGUUAGCAGUUUUGGGAGACGUCUUGCUAUUGCCAACCCAACCUCUGCUGACAUUGGAAUGUAUGUCUGUGAGGCACACGUGGGAGACGUCACUGUUGGGCCAGAGAGAGCAACAGCUUUCCUGUCUAUCCUGGAGCCACCAUAUUUUACUCCUGAACCAGAAAGCCGGAUUUUGGCUGAAGUGGAGAAGACUGUCCAUAUUCUGUGUCAGGCAAUAGGGGUCCCACUUCCCACUCUGCUCUGGUACAAGGAUGCUGUGCCUAUCCACAAACUGCAGAAUCCUCGUUACAAAGUUUUGCUCAAUGGGAGUCUUCAGAUCCAGGGAUUGCAGCCUGACGAUUCUGGAAUCUUUCAGUGCUUUGCAAGGAAUGACGCUGGGGAGAUGCAGAGCCGUACCUUCCUGGGUGUCACGAAUAUUGCACCAACCUUUUCCCGGCUGCCAGUGGAUACCACCGUUACUGAAGGAAUGACUGCAGUUUUACGAUGUGAGGUUUCAGGAGCACCAAAGCCUGCCAUUGCAUGGAAAAGAGGGAACCAGAUGUUGGCCAGUGGCUCCAUUCAGAUUCCCAGGUUCCUUCUGCUUGAGUCUGGAGGGCUCCAGAUAACUCCAGUCUUCGCUCAAGAUGCCGGCAACUAUACCUGUUGCGCAGUCAACUCUGAAGGAUUCCUAAAUGCUUCGGCUGCUCUCACCGUAUGGAAUCGCACUUUUAUCGUUCGCCCUCCUGAGGACAGCACUGUUAUUAAGGGGACCACCGCAACACUGCACUGCGAGGCUGCUCACGACCCAAGAAUUUCAAUCAGGUAUGUUUGGAAGAAGGACAACGUUGUCAUAAAUCCAUCUAGCAGCUCCCGAAUCACCAUUGAGAAAGAUGGCGCCCUCAGCAUUAGCCAGACAUGGUCCGGUGACAUUGGAGACUACACAUGUGAAGUCAUGUCACUUGGAGGGAACGAUUCCAGGGUGGCUCGAAUGGAAGUGAUAGAGCUGCCUCACCCUCCUCAGAACCUCCUGGUCACCUUGAACUCGUCCUUCGGCCGCAGCGUGAUCCUCUCCUGGGUGCGUCCCUUUGACGGAAACAGUCCUGUCCUUUACUACAUUGUUGAACUGUCUGAAAACAACUCUCCCUGGAAAGUGCACCUCUCAGACAUUGAUCCAAAGAUGACCAGCAUUACUGUGAGCGGGUUAACACCAGCCCGUACCUACCAAUUUAGAGUGUGUGCUGUUAACCAAGUGGGCAAAGGCCAGUACAGCACAGAAACCAGCAGAUUGAUGUUACCUGAAGAGCCGCCGAGCGCAUCACCUAAAAAUAUUGUGGCUAGUGGGCGGACCAAUCAGUCUAUUAUGGUUCAAUGGCAACCGCCUCCUGAAAGUGAACAUAAUGGAGUUCUCCAUGGGUACAUCCUUCGGUAUCGCCUGGCAGGCCUCCCUGGAGAACAUCAGUACAAAAACAUCACCAGUGCAGAGAUCAAUUACUGCUUGAUAAAGGACCUGAUCAUCUGGACUCAGUAUGAAAUCCAGGUUGCAUCUUACAAUGGAGCAGGCCUGGGAGCCUUCAGCAGGGCAGUCACCGAAUAUACUUUGCAAGGAGUGCCAACUGCACCACCACAGAACGUCCAAGCAGAAGCAGUGAACUCUACCACCAUCCAGUUCUUGUGGAACCCUCCUCCACAGCAGUUCAUCAACGGGAUCAAUCAGGGAUACAAGCUCCUGGCCUGGCCAAUCAAUGCACCAGAAACUGUGACCACCGUCACCAUCACUCCAGACUUUCAUGGAGUGCACAGUGGGUACAUAACCAACCUGAAGAAAUUUACUGCUUACUACACAUCAGUCCUCUGCUUCACCACCCCAGGGGAUGGUCCACAGAGUCCACCACAGCUGCUCAAGACUCAUGAAGACAAGCCAGGACCGGUGGGACACCUGAGCUUCACAGAGAUUCUGGACACUUCACUCAAGGUCAGCUGGCAAGAACCUGUAGAGAAAAAUGGCAUCAUUACCGGCUACCAAAUCUCCUGGGAGGUGUACGGCCGGAAUGAAUCUCGUCUUGCUCGCAGUCUUGCUAACGCAACCCUUGAGUACAAAAUUACAGGCUUGUCAUCUCUCACCACUUACACAAUCGAGGUAGCGGCAGUGACGGCAAAAGGGACUGGCACGGUCACGUCAUCAACCAUUUCAUCUGGAGUUCCCCCAGAGCUUCCUGGUGCACCAUCCAAUUUGGUAAUUUCAAACAUCAGCCCUCGCUCUGCCACACUUCAGUUCCGGCCUGGGUAUGAUGGGAAAACAUCUGUCUCCAAAUGGAUAGUAGAGGGGCAGGUUGGUGUUAUAGGAGAGGAAGAGGAGUGGGUAACUUUGUGCGAGGUGGAGAAAGAAUCAGAUGCUCAGAUGCUGGAGAUCCCAAAUCUCACGCCUUAUACACAUUACAGGUUUAGGAUGAGGCAGGAGAAUGUGGUUGGGCAAAGCCCUCUCAGCCAGCCGUCGCGUGUCAUCCAAACGCUCCAGGCACCCCCAGACACCCCGCCAGGGAGUGUGACUGUGCGCGCUGCCAGUGAGACCAGUUUAUGGGUCCGCUGGGUGCCUCUGCCUGACUCUCAAUACAAUGGGAACCCUGAGUCAGUAGGUUACAGGAUCAAGUAUUGGUGUAUGGAUGCACAGCCUUCUACACUGACAAAGGUAAUCAACGACCGUCUGGAGAGGGAACACACAAUUGAAGAUCUAGAGGAAUGGACAGAAUAUGAACUGCAGAUCCAAGCCUUCAAUGCCAUUGGGGCAGGACCUUGGAGUGAGGUGAUGAGAGGUCGCACACGGGAAUCAGUUCCGUCUGCUCCCCCAGAGAAUGUGUCCGCGGAAGCUGUGAGUUCCACACAGAUUCUCUUGACCUGGGCAGCUGUUCCUGAACCUGAACAGAAUGGGCUCAUUCUUGGCUACAAGAUUUUGUUCAAGCCCAGAGAUGUGGAAAACAAAUUAAGAAGUCAGGUAGUGAGAGGGAACCACACACUUUCCAUCCUUCUGGCUGGCUUACGGAAAUACGUGCUUUAUGAGAUUCAGGUGCUGGGCUUCACACGCAUCGGGGAUGGGGUCCCCAGCAUUCCUCCAGUCAUUGAACGAACCAAGGAUGAUGCCCCAGGCCCUCCAGUGCGGAUGGUGUUUCCCGAGGUGAAGCUGACGUCUGUACGGAUUGUGUGGCAGCCACCGGAAGAACCCAAUGGAAUCAUUCUUGGCUAUCAAAUUGCAUACCGCUUGGCAACCAGCAGCCCCAACAAAUUCACCACAGUGGAAGUUGGCUCCACAGUCAGGCAGUUUGUGGCUACAGACCUCCUCCCCGAAUCAGCGUACAUCUUCCGAGUUUCUGCCAAGACCCGGCAGGGCUGGGGGGAGCCCUUGGAAGCCACGGUCAUCACGACAGAAAAGAGAGAAAGACCAGCCCCUCCCAGCGAAUUGAAAGUUCCCCAGUCUGAAGUGACGUCCCGAAGUUUACAGCUGCACUGGGUUCCUGGGAGUGAUGGGUCUUCUCCGGUACGCUACUUCACAGUGCAAACAAAGGAGCUUCCGGGUGAUGACUGGCAAACCUAUUCUUCCUCCAUCAGCCAUGAAGCUACCUCCUGUGUGAUUGACAGACUGAACCCAUUUACCUCCUACAAGCUGCGUCUGAAAGCAACCAACGAUAUUGGAGACAGCAACUUUGGUGCCGAGACGGAAGCGGUCACAACACUGCAGGACGUUCCAAGCGAACCACCAAAUUCUGUGUCUGUGACCCCCCACACAACAUCCUCGGUCCUUGUGCAAUGGAAGCCACCAAAGGUUGACAGCCUGAAUGGUCUUCUGUUGGGAUAUCGCAUUUAUUACCGGGAGCUGGAAUAUGAAAGCACAGGGCCAGGACUGGAGUCCAAGGUCAUUAAAAACCCUUCUGCUUUGCGAGCAGAGCUUACAGCCGAAAGCAGCUUCAAGACAGUGAACAGCAGUUCUGUAUUAACGACGUAUGAAUUAACACAGCUGACCAAGUACAAGAGAUAUGAAGUUGUGAUGACGGCGUACAAUAUCGUUGGGGAGAGUCCUGCCAGUGCCCCCGUGGAAGUCUUUGUCGGUGAGGCAGCACCAGCAAUGCCCCCCCAGAACAUCCAGAUAACUGCACUCUCUGCAAGCCAUCUAGAAGUCACCUGGGACCCUCCUCCUGUCGACAGCCAGAAUGGGAAUAUACAAGGCUACAAGGUUUACUACUGGCAGGCAGAGAGCCAGAACGACACGGAAAAAGUGAAGGUCCUUUUCCUGCCCGAGACAAGCCUCCGGCUGAAGAACCUGACCAGCUACUCCAGCUACCUGCUCCGUAUCUCUGCUUUCAACGCAGCAGGAGACGGGCCAAAGAGCAGCCCUGGGCAAGGCAGGACCCACCAGGCAGCCCCAAGUGCCCCCAGCUUCUUGGCUUUCUCAGAAAUCACUUGCUCAACACUCAAUGUAUCCUGGGGUGAGCCAGCUGCAGCCAAUGGCAUUCUGCAGGGUUACCGAGUGAUCUACGAGCCUUUGGCCCCAGUACAAGGGGUGAGCAAAGUGGUGACCGUGGACAUCAAAGGGAAUUGGCAGCGCUGGCUGAAAGUCAGAGACCUCACAAAGAGUAUGACCUACUUGUUCCGAGUACAGGCCAAGACCAUCACCUAUGGGCCUGAGCUGAAAGCCAACAUCACAGCUGGGCCAGCAGAGGGCUCUCCAGGUUCCCCUCAGCAUGUGGUGGUUUCAAAAACAGCCUCUGGACUAACUCUGCACUGGACCGAGGGAGUUUCAGGAGACAAACCCACCACUGGCUACAUCAUAGAAACCAGACCUUCAGAUGAAGGAUUGUGGGACCUGUUUGUGAAGGACAUUCCCCGCAGUGCCACCUCCUACACUGUCAGCCUGGGCAAGCUGAAACAAGGGGUGAGCUAUGAAUUCCGGGUGGUGGCUGUGAACGAGUUUGGAUACGGAGAGCCCAGCGCUCCUUCCAUGGCCGUAUCAGCUCGUACAGAAUCUCCUUUCUACGAGGAAUGGUGGUUCCUGCUUGUGAUAGCCCUCUGUAGCCUCAUUCUCAUCCUGCUGGUGGUUUUUGCACUGAUCUUGCAUGGCCAGACUAAGAAAUACCGCAACUGCAACACAGAGCCAGGGCAGGAACUUUGUCUGCGCUCAUUCUGUCGCCGUUUGUCCCCAGGAAAAAGUAUUUCCAAUGUGGAAGAGUCUGUCACUCUGGAUAAUGGGGGGUUUACAGCCCUUGAGCUCAACAGCCGACACCUCAAUGUCAAAAACACUUUCUCCAAGAAGAAUGGGUCAAGAUCUCCUCCUCGCCCAAGCCCCGGCGGAUUGCACUAUUCAGAUGAGGACAUCUGUAGCAAGUAUAAUGGAGCAGUGCUGACAGAAAGCGUCACCCUCAACGAGAAACCCUUGGAUGCCUCAGAAUCAGAAGUGACAGAUUCAGACUAUGAAGAUGAGUUGCCAAAGCACUCUUUUGUCAACCAUUAUAUGAGUGACCCCACAUACUACAACUCGUGGAAAAGGCAGCAAAAGGGCGCGAAACACCCCACACCGUACAGGUAUGAGGAAUGUGUGACGAGCGAGACAGAACCUUACUUCCAGACUGUCAUCACGACACAGAGCUCAGGAGGGGUGUACACCCCGACAGGACAGCCUGCUUCAGGCUCACGGACUCCAGUGACAGGCUUCUCCUCUUUCGUCUGACGCCUGGAGAAACAGCAAUAAGACAAGCUCAGUAGCCUGCCAAGGUUGGGGCAACAACCACCCAACCAGACGGCUGAAUGCGUGAUAGGUGCAGUGAGCUGUGGGUAAAACUUCUCUUAUCAGGGUAGAAUGGAUGUACAUGUGAAUGUCUUUUUUUUUCAAGACAAUCAACUUAUUCAGAUAUGGAGCUAACCUGGUUGAACUUGCUGUUUUUUCCUUCUUAAAGAAACCACAAAUUAUCAAAAACUGACAAUUUUAACCAUUUUGGAAUAUGAUUUAAGGAGAUUUUUAAAAUAAUAAUAAAAAUGCUUUUGUAAUGCUGCUUUUGGAAGCAGCCUGCAAAGUUUCCCCCCCUCUUUUCCUUUCUCAAGCCAAAGGGAUGAAUUCCAUUCUUGUGCAUUAGGGAGCCCCAUGGUGAUGUAAUUUGAAGGUGAAACCAUCCAGUCUCCCAAACACUUCCCCCUUCUCAUGGUUAAUAAGGAAAACAUGAAAGGGUUGGGGAGACUUUAAGAGUGGUUUCUCUGCCCCCCCUCUCCUUUCUGCUUCUGCCUUCAAAGCACCAGCCGAAUCACUUUGUCUCAACGCCGUGUCUCUCCCUGAUGCCUGCAAGGUUCGUUCCUGGUGGUCCUUGAUCAGCUAGCUCUUGUUUUCAUUUCUAUUCUACGCCAGCUGAGCUUGUUGUGUUCCUAAAAAUAUUCCCCUCUCCAGGGUUUCUGUAAGACAAGUCAGCUUUAAAAGCACCUGAAUAGCGUUUGGUCAGCCGUCCAGAUGUUUUGGAUUAUCGCUCUCAUCGCCAUGGGUCAUGCUGGAUGGGGCUGGUGGGGGUUGUGAUUCCAAAAGAUCUGGAGGGCAGCAAGCUGGCGAAGGCUGCGUUAGGAGAUAUAGCUGAGGGGUCAGUUUUGCUCUUGUGGGCCUAGAUCCUUCUUUGUAGAUUGCAUGUGCCAAUGUCCAUUGUACGUCUGCAAGAAAAGAAAACCCAGUGAGAAGAGAGUCUUUUAAAUGAACAUGAAUGUGAACAAGACGUCUGUAGGUUUUAGCAGUGUCUUUCCAUAUAAAGGAAACCACCGCCACCAUCACCCUCUGGGUCCGCCACUGGAUGCUGUUCUGCAGCUUUGUAAAAAGGGGAAAAGUACAUGUUAAAACCAGAUUUAUUUGAUUUUUUUAAAAAAUGUAUAUUUUUAAUGUUUUUUUUUUUUAAAAAAAUACAAAGACACAUCAUACUGUA